AAAAACGUGCCUUCAACAACUUGAAAGAGAGUCCUUCUUUUCCUUUUCUGUCUCAGCUCGCACUGCCGAGCCUGUGCUUGGGGAUUAGCUUAUCCCAAAGGAUAAUCCUGGUUUUUGAAAAAUAUUGUUAUAAACUUACUGCAAAGGCUUGUUGCUGCAGACUCAAUGAAGAGAAGAAAAAAACUAUUUUUUCCAGUGAACAAGGGAUGUCCAUAUGCUUCUUAGAUAGAAGAGACCCAGAGAAUUUAUUCCUCUGUAGGAGAAAAAGUUUUGGGGUUAACACAUCCUCACGCAGAGGCUUGUUUCUGCAGUCUGUAAACAACUGUGUCUUGGCUUGUUCUGCAAUCAGCAAGACUAUUGACUUUUAGUUAAACAGUUUUUCUCCCAAUAACACGUUCACUUGAAACUAUUCUUGUUUGUUCAUUUAGAUGGAAUUAUUUCAAAUUUAUGCGGCAAGGGACGUUUUUGUAACUGUUAUUGGGGCGCUGCUGUUACCCUCCAGUUCCAUUCUUACAUUUGUAUUAUCCGGUCUGUGAUAACGGAUUAACGGUUUGAACUUUGAAUGGACUAAAAGUUUAAAACCUCUCGGUGUACUCUUAUUUAUUUUGUUUUGUAACAAAUCUGCUCUUCUGCCCUUUGAUUCCAUGACAAUUCACUUGCAGAAAUAGCCCGUUGGAUAGAGGAUCAGGAUCAUACCUGCAGACAAAGAGGAAGUUGACACAGAAAAAGAUGAGUAAUUUGAGUAGUAAAGAUUUGUUGACUAGCGAUGAAUCUAUCAUUGAGCCUAGUUUUAUAGAGCAAACAAAGAAAUCUCAUACAAAUUUUGCAAUUGUGGAGGAAUCUUCAGAUGAAUCUAUUGAUUUAAGUUCAGAAUUCAUAGCAUUCAAGGAAAAGUCUAAUAAUUCUACCCAAAACUUGGAAUUUGAAGAAUCCAGUUAUGAAAGCGAAUUUUUAUCUCCCAUCAAAAAUGAAGAUAAUAAUAGAUCUGGGAAAAGAUUAAAUCGAUCAAUUUGUCGGGUUCUUUCUGAAGAACCGUCUACGAGUGGGGUUUGCAACACUCCAGAGCAAAUUUCCAAACGACUCGAUAAUUCAUCUUCAGCAGUGAAACAUAAAAGAGACCUGAUUUCUACCCGAAGUGAGUCUGAUGAUGAAUGGGUUCCCAUAUCUACAUGGAAAUCGAAUUCUAUCCAUAAACCUUUUGAUAGCAGCUCGGUAAAAAUAUCUGAUGAUGAUUCCGAUGAGUUUCAACCGCAGUUUACUCCAAAACAUAAAAACAAUAUUUUAUUAUCAAGCUUUGAUGACAGUGAUGCUAAGGAUGAAAAUUACAACGAGCAAUCUGAUAAGGAUUCCAAUUUAUCGGCAUCUCCAAAUUCCAACGAGGAGGAAGGUGGCUGUACAAUUAUGGUAGGCUCGGAAGAUUCUGAUGUCAGCGAUUCUGAAGACAUAACAGAAGAAAUAAGUAAAACUGCCAAGGCUCAACAUAAAAAAAGUGUAAAUGAAUCUGCAGAUAGCAGUUCCAAAUUUUCUCUUUUAACUGAUGGUUAUGAUGUGGAAAUUGACAAUUUGUCUGAAAGCAGACUGUCAGAACUUAAUUCAGAAAGGACAAGAUUGAAUCACGAUAAAAUAGCAAAUGAAGAAAAAUUAAAGGAGCUGAAGGCAUGUGUCAGCAAGAUUAACCAGAACUCAUUGCGUGAUGGUGGUUUUAAACUACACAACAGCAUAAAGAAAACAGUUGAAUGUUUGCAAGAGAUCGAUGCCAGAAUUAAAAAACUAAAUUCAAUUUUAGGCAGCCAUCGUUUUGAAAGCUCGAAAGGAAAUUACACAGUUCAGCCUCCUAUUCACCAACCCAUUGACCCUGGAAAAGAAAAAAUGAUGGAAACAAAAAAAGCAAGUCCUGCUUAUGUUAAAAAUGCAGAGGUUUCACCUGAUAGUAGUUACAAGGAUGACCAUAAAAAUAAAUCUUCAUCUUAUUUUAAUAAGUUACCAUCGUCAAAUGUCAAUGUUAACGAGAUGGGAAAAAAAGCUUUGCAGACGCAUAGAACACAACAAACCUUAACAAUUGAUGCUUUAACCAAGCUCCAUAAAUCCUUGGAAACCUGCCCUGAAGAGAAGGAUAGCAUUGAAGGGCCGAAAUCGUUAAAAGUAGUUCUUUUACCGCAUCAGAAACAAGCUCUAACGUGGAUGCUCUGGAGGGAAAGUCAGACACCACGUGGUGGUAUUUUAGCUGAUGAUAUGGGACUUGGGAAAACAUUGUCAAUUUUGUCACUUAUAUUAAAAUCUAAAGAAUUGAAAGUCGAUCAAGAUUGUUACUCAGAUGACAGUGAUUUGGAUGACCAUCAAAAUAACUUAUCUACUAAAUUUCCCCAUGGCGAAACGCUAGUAGUGUGUCCAUCUUCUGUCAUGGGACAGUGGGAGUCAGAAGUAAGGACAAAAAUUAAGGCUGGAACAAUUUCAGUUUUAACAUACCAUGGUGCAAAACGUGAAACCAAUCCCAGAAGGAUUGCUCGCUAUGGAAUUGUUUUAACAACAUACUCAUUGGUUCAGAAACAACCAAAGGAUGGACCCUUGUUUUCUAUCUUGUGGAAUCGUGUUAUUUUGGAUGAAGCUCAUGUUAUUAGAAAUCAUAAAUCUCAGACAGCGCAAUCAAUAUUUAAUUUGAAAAGACGCAAUGCAUGGGCAUUAACAGGGACUCCGAUUCAUAACAAGGAAUUGGAUUUUUAUGCGCUUUUAAAAUUCAUAAAGUGUAAACCGUUUAAUGAUUUAGCAGUAUGGAAAAAAUGGGUGGAUAAUAAGGAUGCAGCUGGUAUAAAUAGAUUAAACCUGAUAACAAAAAGCGUUAUGCUGCGAAGAACAAAAGCAGGAAUUCAAAGCGCUGGUGGCCUUGAAUCACUAAAAGCCAAAAAUUAUUUGGACAUCAGAGUAAAGCUCGAUUCAGAGGAGUAUCAAGUUUAUGAAAAAGUUGCUCAUUUUUCAAGAACUGUUUUGGCAAGUUUUAUUCACCAGAGAGCCGAAAAAGAAGAUUUAUUAAAAGGAGGGAUUCCUUCUGGAAAAGCAGCAAAACAUUUAAUGAGCUUACCAAGAGAGGACAACCCUUUCAAGGACCAUCCUGAACUUGCUCGUCUUCACAGAAACAUGCUUACAAUGGGUGACAAAAUUCAUUCCCAUGAAAUUAUGGUUCUGCUUUUAAGGCUCAGACAAAUUUGUUGCCAUCCUUGCCUUGCUGCUUCGAUACUUGAUAAAGAGGACAUCAAUGAGCAUGAUGGAAUUGAAACAGAAAACAAUUCACAAAGUGAUUUAGUGGAUAAACUCAUGAAUUUGACCAUUUCAAAUGAUGAAGAUAAAACUGGAUCCAAACAGCUCUCGAUAAAUAACCCUGUCUUCAGUCGUAAAAGAAUUAGUUCAAAGAUUCGAGCUGUGAUUGAAUGUUUGAUGGAUAUAUACACUUCAAAUGAAGAAGAUAAAAUGAUAGUUGUGUCACAGUGGACCUCAAUGCUCGAAUUAAUCGGUGGGGUUCUCAAAGACCAAGAGAUACCCACUGUUUCUCUAAAUGGAAAAGUGUUAGUAAAAGAUAGAAUGCCAAUUGUUGAGAAGUUUAAUAGAGUGAAUUCUAAGCCAAGGGUAUUGUUAUUGUCAUUAACUGCUGGUGGUACAGGUCUUAACCUAAUUGGAGCAAAUCAUCUUUUACUUGUAGACAUACAUUGGAAUCCUCAACUAGAAUCUCAGGCCAGUGAUCGCAUAUACAGAGUUGGUCAAACAAAAAAGGUUCAUAUAUAUAAAUUUAUAUGUAUGGAUACAAUAGAAGAGAGAAUUGAACAACUUCAACACCAAAAAUUGGAAAUAGCUCAAGGAGUUCUCACAGGAUCUGUGAAAGCCCAAAGCAAUAAACUUACACUUAGUGACCUCAAGCUUCUAUUUAAUGUAGUGUGAUAACGUGAGUUGCUGUUUAUAAAAAGAAAAUUAUAUAUAAAUUAUACUUAAUAAUAUAUGAACAUUGUUUAUUGUAAAAAUUCUUUUUUUAAAGAAUGUUCUUCCAUUGAAAUUCCAGAAGGAAACAAUUUAUCCAGGUUAAUUUUAAGAUUUAAAAAAUAAUAAUAGUAAGUGUAUCAUAAACUGUGGGGAAAACAGAAAGGAAAGAGGCAGUAUUUACUAUCACAUAUAAAUCUAAAACUGGGUACAAUAUUGCUCUAAUCUGGAAAAUGACCCUAGCUCCAAUUAUAAUACUGGAAUGUUAAAAAAAUAUUAUGUAAAUAUAUAUUUUAUAUACUUUUGUUUGUAUAUA